AUGGAUUUUUCUGACCCUAGGUCCCAAGACAUGGUCCUUCCUCUGGAAGACUCCGGCAAAGGUGAAGUCACUGGAGAACUUUACAUCACCGCAUCAUUGCUGCCAAAGAGCCAGGAAGACAAGGAAUUGGUAAGUCCUCAAAAUACUCAUUUUGCACCUGUAAUUUAUAUUGAACCUGGCAUGGCCAAUCUUAUCUAUUUAGCGUUAUCUCCACUUCAUCCGGCUCUGUUGUCGGUAGUUUUGCUUCAAGUGCUUAGUCGCGCUAAUCCAACUCCGAGCCGGUUUCGUUUGUGA